GUCAGCCCAAAGAAAUGGCACAGGAUCAAGAAGCCAUAGCCAUAGAUGUCGAUGAUGCCAUGGUGAAUUCCAUCAAGCAAAAGCUCCAAGCCUUCGUUAAUGGUGAACGGCCGUCAGCAAACCUGCCCUUCCUCUUCCGAGUUCCCGACCACGUCCGCGAGAGCAACAAGAACCACUAUGAGCCCCGGGUGGUCUCCAUCGGCCCCUACCACAGGGGCAGCAAGCGCCUCCGAGCCAUGGAAGAGCACAAGUGGCAGUACCUCCGGGACUUCCUCGCCCGGAACCCCCACAUCGGCUUGAACCACUGCAUCCGCGAGAUGAAGGCAUUGGAGACGUGGGCACGUCGCUGCUACUUCGAGAGCGUCGACCUCAGCAGCGACGAGUUCGUAGAGAUGAUGCUGCUCGACGGCUGCUUCAUCAUCGAGUUCGCCAUUAAGUUUAAGUACAGGGAAGGGAAUGCCUUGAGCAACGUCAGCUGGGGCUUUCCCCACAUAAGGAGUGAUCUCCUUAUGUUUGAGAACCAGAUUCCCUUCUUCAUACUGCUGAGGUUGUUUGACCUCUUCUUCAUGGGUUUUGACACCAAGACUACUACUCCGGUUUGUCCUCCAAGUUCCAGCGCGGAUCCCCCGGAUUCCAGAGAUUCCGAGGGGAAAAGACCUUCCCUCGUUGAACUCCUCCGUGAGUAUCUGAUGCGACACAGAAUAGAGAAGCCGGUUACAUUACACAGCCAUGAGAUCUAUCACCUGCUCCAUCUGUAUCACCACUGCUUCAUAUCAAGAAAGGAGCCAAGCGAUCCGGAUGGCGAGUCUCUCAGGCCACUAAUUCCAUGGAUAAAUCCUUCAACGAUGCUCUCUUCGGUUCUCUCCUAUCUCCAACAUACGACAGAAGGAUCCCUGUCGACAAGAUAUCCGAGGACGAUACCAUGCGCCACGAAGCUCCAACAGGCUGGCGUGGUGUUCAAGAAGAAAACCGCCGUUAGCUGGCUUGAUGUAACCUUCGAGAAUGGAGUUAUGGAGAUCCCCUUUUUGUCUAUCGAGGAUACCACCAAGUCUCGCUUCGUGAACCUCGUCGCCUUCGAGCAAUGCUAUCGUGGGGGUGCGGGGGACUUCACGAGCUAUGCGACGUUCAUGGACUGCAUCAUUGACACGGGCAAGGAUGUAGCUGUGCUCGAGCAGAGUGGGAUCAUCGAGAAUAAGUUGGCAACUGACGAGGAUGCUGCUCUCUUCUUCAACCAACUACGUGAAUGUGGUUAUCUGGACUACGAUAAACACUACCUCGCUGGAUUGUUUGCAAAGGUGAACAGGUACUGUGAGUCGGAUUGGCACAAGUGGAGGGCCAAAUUGAUGCAUGACUACUUCGGCAAUCCAUGGGCGAUCCUCUCGUUGGGGGCAGCGUUGGUUCUUUUGGCUCUCACUGUAGCACAGACGGUCUUUGCGGCUUAUCAGCAGUUCCAUCCUAAUAAAAAUUAGUGCUACACUUGCUUUUAUGCUGUAAUAUUAUUUUAUCUAUGUAAU